AUGACAAACGUGGGUGACUGGAACGCAUUCCGCUCUGAGAAGAGAGGCCAUUCUGAUGGCCCGACUUUGUCGCCGUGGAUGAUAACCGCUUUACAGGCUGCCAAGGUUUUUUGUCCAUAUUUCAAGUUUUGGAAAACAUAAAAUUUUUGCAGCUGACAAUAUUUUGCACAUGCAAUUUUUUGUUGACAAUCGGAGCUUCGUUUUCGAAAAUCUGCGUUUUGCUACUGUCGACGAACAUUCUGCCCAAGCAGUUGCCUGACAGCUUUUCGAAAACUUGUUUUCGAGCGGCAGGUACGCUUACAAUUUUGUUUCGAAAUCGUUUUUUUCAAAAUUUUUCAGUACGUAGAUCGACUACAUCGAUGGCGGCCAUGUACUCGGCCCUCACUUUGGUUCAGUGUUUCCCGGAUUUCGUUCGCGUGGCUCAGUCCUCGUCGCAACUGUGGCUCGGAGUGAAUUCUCCAGUUCUGCGCCUGGUUAUUGACUCUUGAUCGAUAUUUUCUAAUAGGUUUCUUUCCAGUUUGUGUUGGUCGAAUGCAUCCGAGCAUUAGGCCUUGCGACUCUUUCAUUUUUCGUUUUCCCUCAACUGGAUCUUGCGAGGUAAGCUUAUGAUACUGGAAGGGACAUUUUGAAAACUUUUAGAUGCGCGCUUCUUUCGGCCUGUUUGCCGCUAGUAGCAUCUUUCCAGAGCUGCAUGGCUGACUUUUCCAACUCAAGUCGCUCCGGCACGUCGCUCAGAAACCGUUUGGGCAAAUGCUUGCUUAUGGCUCCUCAUCUCUUGCUUUGCCUGAUUUUCUUCAGCAGCAGCUACCUCUGGGCUGUUUUGGAUCGAUCCUUUGACGUAGGGAGCUCUUUCACAACUGUACUGCAAUCUUCACAGGCCGUUAUUUCGCUUCCGGUGGGAUUGUUUUUGGCUUCGGUUGGCUUCUGGGAAUCUUGGAUCAAUGUUCGUCACGCCAAAACUUACUUUGAUGAUCUCUACAAGGUCACAAAGCUAUAUAGUUAUCUCGCAAUGGAUACUUUCAGGUGAAAUACGGCGUCAAAAAAGUGAACUCUUCGACAAAGUUUACAACAUCUCUUCUGAGAAUCAUCAUCACUUUCACGACAAUGGUUUGAUGAAAAAAGUUUCGAGUUUAGAAUUGAUCAGCAUAUCUUCUAGAUUUUUGCGGUCAAUAUCAACUCACAUGCAAAGUUAUCGGUUGGAAAUUUCUUCCAGGCGAUUUUCCAAUGGAGUUUUCAAACGAACUACACGUAUGUGAAACAAUAUAUCUGGGGUACUUGCGAAUUUCCAGGAAGAUUCUCAUUCUGGCUUGCUUCUUGGUUUUUUUGCACCUGCUUUUGCGAGGGAUCACGCGGUUCCUGGCGGCUUUGGACCUUCAUCCGAUCUCUUUCACUCACCCCAUGUCCAUAUCUCCACUAAUUGUUUUUUCAGUGGUACGAUUUGUUUGCCACUCACCAAAAUGCAUCGUUGCUAGGGUUUGUUCAUACAGAAAAUAUGUUUCAUGGCUAGUUUCGUGCAGAUUCUUGCCAAGUUUGGCCUGCGAUGGUCUUGCGAUCCUUGGGCUUCCGAAGAAGCUUUGGUGGCUGAGUAUGCAGUUUGCAUUGUUUGGCUUGCUAUUGGCUGCUACCGUGGCUGGAAGGUCGUUCGUCAACGUUACUUUGAAACCACAGAAGAAAUGUUAGUGAAGAAGAAGCACCUCUCUUUGAUUUUAAGUUUCAGAAUAUCUUCAAUGUCACCAACUUGCAACGGACUCUGUGUGGAGCAUUCACUGGUCAUUUUCCAGCAUUCUCUGAGCAAAAUUGUGAAUUCACUGAAGUCUUUGAAACAAUAAAUCUCUUGAUUUUUUCAAGGUUUCAUCCCCCCUCGAAGAUGAAGAGGACGUUGGAGACUUGAGAGAUCAAUUCCGUAUCCGCAACGACGACGUCAAUCGCUCGAUGACAGUUUACAUGUGUGCGACGAUGUGGCACGAAACCGAGAUCGAAAUGCGCCAAGUUCUGCGCAGUAUUCUGAAGCUCGACAUCGACCACUCUUCUCGAAACACUCGCAGACAAGGAAACGAGCUGCAAUAUCAACUAGAAGGUGGAGGAAUGAGAAAAAAUCCCAUCUCAAUUUUGGAUUCUAGGACAUAUCUUUUUCGACGACGCUUGGGAAGACAAAGAAGAGCCUACUGGAACUGUUCGACAGCCUAACGAGUUUUUCCAGAUGUUUUUCCAGUUGUUGAACGAGAUGACUAAGUUCGAAACAAGACAUCCGUUUGGCAAAAAAAAAAUUAUUCUCAGAGAAAAGGUGAACGAGUUUGGCACCAUGGAGUCAAGAAUUCUGGUGAACACCCCGUAUGGAGGUCGCCUUGUGAUCAAACUGCCCGCAGGAACGCUUCUCUAUGUUCAUCUCAAGGACAAGAAACUCAUCCGACACAAGAAACGUUGGAGCCAGGUAAAACUGGAGCUAUGAAACAUCCAUCCGAGAGAGGCCACAGCUUGGUACCCAAUCUCGAGAGCGAGUCUUUGCUCCUCCUCAACUAUCGGAGGCAAGACGAGACCGAGACCGAGAGCCUAGAAAAGCAAGGGGAAAACACAAUUUAUUCAUUACACCUGAAAAACCCUUUUUCAGGUCAUGUACAUGUACUACCUACUGGGCCAUCGCAUCAUGGAUUCUCCUCUGUCGAUCGAAGAUCGCCAGAGGAUGGCCGACAAUACCUUCAUUCUGGCGAUCGACGGGGAUUCCAAAUUCGAGCCGGACGCCCUUCUGAGACUUCUCCAUCUCAUGAAGACGAAAAACGAUAUCGGCUGUGCCUGUGGCCGUAUUCAUCCGAUUGGAAGCGGUGACUUUCUAUUUCAGAUAUGAAGAGCAUAUUUUCGUGAAGCUGUGAGAAAAGGCGACAAAAAUGAUUUUUGCAGGCGUUAUGGUCUGGUAUCAAAAGUUCGAGUACGCCAUCGCUCAUUGGUUUCAAAAGGCGGCUGAACACGUGUUCGGGUGCGUCUUGUGCGCUCCUGGGUGUUUCUCCCUCUUUCGAGCGUCGGCCUUGAUGGAUGACAACAUCAUGCACAAGUUAGUUGAUCAUCUUCUUCAGAAUGUUUUGUAUUUUUGAAAGUUCGGUGUUUCUCAAGUCAAGAAAAAUAUUAAGAUACACGAAGACUGCAGAAGAGCCGAGGCACUAUGUACAGUACGACCAAGGAGAAGAUCGCUGGCUAAGCACAUUGCUCUUGAAACAAGUACAGUCCCUCUUCAAAAUGAAGAAGAUAACUAAGGCUUUUAGGGCUAUCGAAUCGAAUACGUCGCCGCCUCGGACGCUGAGACAUACGCCCCGGAAGGAUUCGAAGAAUUCUUCAAUCAGCGACGCCGCUGGACGCCUUCUUCUAUCGCCAACACAGUUGAUCUUCUCAUGGAUUACAAGGUUGUUAUUGAAGUGAUUAGAAGAAACGAUCGUUUUUUAGCGGGCCAUCGCGAACAACAAGUCGAUCUCGCUAGCCUACAUUGCUUACCAGUUCAUGGUUAUCUUUUUCUCAAUGCUCGGUCCAGCCAUCAUUUUUACCAUGCUCGUCUUUGCACAGGUUCGAAAUUUUUCAAUGACAUGAAAGACUCUCGAUUACAGGUGGCAGCUUUCGGUGCAAACUCAACGGAUAUGAUGAUCUACAAUGGCAUUCCAAUUGUCUUUUAUGUUCUCCUGUGUUUCACGACAGAAUCCAACGUCCAGCUUUUUUAUGCCAAGGUAUGCAAAAGCAAAAAACUUGGAAAAUACUUCUUUUCAGAUGAUGUCGAUCGCUUACGCUUUUGUCAUGUUGGCCGUUCUUGUGGCUACGAGCAGUCAGAUUGUGCUAGAAAGUGAGAAAACCCCGCCAUGAGGCACAUCAUUUAUUCCUUCAGCUGUUGUGGCUCCGACUUCCUUGUUCAUUGUUACAAUGGUGAUGAUCUUUUUCUCGGCCGCUUGUCUACAUCCGAAAGAGUUUUCCAACAUUCUUUAUGGUAUACUGAAAAAUGAGAAAAACGUACGGUUUUCUUUCUAGGAACCGUUUUUUUCCUUAUGAUCCCCUCUACUUAUGUCUUCCUCUCGCUGUACUCUCUCAUCAACCUUAACGUCAUCAACUGGGGAACAAGAGAAGCUGUAGCAAAAGCUACGGGAACAGUGAGCAGUUUUCCAAACACUUGAAAAACUGAAAAAAAUCGUUUCAGACAGCGAAGAAAGCCCCAAUGGAACGUUGGCUGAACAAUAGCCUCACAGCCCUGAAAAAAGUUUUCUCGUACUUCACUAGAAGAGGCGAAAAGUCAGCGGAACGGGAAAGUAUUCUAGAAAAGAAAAUCUCUGAAGUUGAAAGCGUGCUGGAAAAAAUGAAGGUUCUUCCUCUUAUCGAGUCAUAAGGUGAUCAUCGCUUUCAGAGAGGAGAAACAGCGGAAACUGCGAAAGUUUCGAGAGAAGAUGAUGAGGAAUCGACCCAGAAAUUAAUGCAGCAGGAGACUGAUUCGAGUGUUGAAUUGAAACUUCCAAGCGAAGAGGUCAAACAAAAACAAGACAAGUAUGCCUGGAUGUCUACUGAUAGCCUAAAAGUUUGUGAUAUUUCUCAUUUUUUAUUGAUUUCUUUUUUUUUCAGGUGUGUGAGAAAGGAAAGUUGAAAGAUGCGGAAAAGCAGUUUUGGGCUCAGCUGAUCGAUAAUUACCUGAAAGUAGAUUUUUCAUUAUUCCGAGAAAUGGGAAUGGAGAACUUUCAGCCGAUUGUCUCUUCGCCCGCGGAGCAGAAACAAGUCGCCGACGGGCUGGUGUCCUUGAGAAACCAAAUCGCCUUCACGAUUUUGCUCAUAAACGCCCUUCUCGCCCUUGCCAUCAUUCUCAUUCAGAAGCAUAAGAACGUCCUCAGCAUCAAAUGGGUCCCUUAUGGUCCAUUAUAAUUUGUUUUCAUAUUCUGAAACUUUUGGUUUCAGAAGGAUUCCAAUGGACCAAGAUGAACGAAAUGACUGGACAAUUUGAAACGACAGCAGAGCCUUUGAAAAUUGAUCCUCUUGGAAUGGGAAUAGUCAUUUUCUUGUUGGCAAUUCUUUUCGUGCAGACUAUUGGUGAGUUUAACAGUGAACAGGCUCAAAUGAUGUACUCAUUCUCAUAGGAAUGGUUCUCCAUAGGAUCAACACGAUGUUAGGCGCCUUCCAUGAAGUGAAGAACUUAUACGAUUACGGAGUGAACAGCCAGAAAAGCACUAAGGCCGAAGACGAGAGAAUACUCUCAAAAGGUUAUUUCUCCUUUCCUUCUUCUGUUUUAUUUCUUUCGUUUAUGGCACAAAAUUCAAACUUUACAGCGCGCCAAAUGAUGUACGCUACCGAUUACAAGAGUGGCCACGCGGCGGACGGCUACAACAGAAGCCGUGGGGACGAAUCUUCCGGCGAAAACGUUCUCUACAAACUCCAGAAAGCUCGCCUCGCCGAGCGUAUGCAGAAAAGCGCCCUUUCGGAUUGCCUCGCAGAGGAAUGA